UUUGCUUUUUGGCUCUUUUUCUCUUUUUCUUUUCCUUUGGUACCUCUUCUUUCUCUUUUUUUCUUUUUUUUUUUAAUCCUUUGGUUCAUCAUCUCGGUUUUCCCAAUCUCGUCGAUUUGCAAACGGAAUCCCACCUUGGACCUUGUCAGUUCAGCGUUGUCUCAAUUCCUUUUUUCUUCAUCGUCAAUUCUUACUUUCGUGUGUGUGUGUGUCCAUGAUGGAUCCCUUACGCUGUUCCAUAAUCGUGUUAUAUCAACCUAAACCACGACCUUUUCUCGUCGAAGGCUACACAGACGAUACUUUAGAGGAUGAUUCUCCUUCUUACCUUGGUCAACUCCGUCAAGUCUUUGGUCAAGUGAUUAUACAACACAGUAUUGCAGAUAUCCCACAAUACAUCCAUGCCUGUUCUCCUAGUAUAUUACUCAUUGAUCUCGAUACCAUUGAUCCUCGAGCAAUCCCUCCUCACCAUCAAUAUCACAACCAUCACAACGAACAUUCCUCUCUAUAUAAUGCUUGUUCCCUCGAUUGCACCUUGGACACUACCGACCCUCGUAUCGCAUGGAUCAAAUAUCUCUCCACCAAAUUCAUUACCUCUAAUGCAACUAUAGUUGUCUGUUCUUCCAAUCAGGAUCCCAAUUUUAUGCUUCAUUGCAUCCACGCCGGUGCUGCCGAUUAUUUACUCCAACCACUCAGAAUAGACGUAAUUAAGACCCUCUUUCUGAAACUCCAUCGCAUCGCCCACGAUAUCAAUCCACCUUCCUCUCUCUCCUCCUCAUCCUCGCCCACCGUCGCUUCGCCAACCCAACCCUUUGCCGUCCAUACCGUACCAUCCACCGUCAAUUUAUCCACCUUGUGGGAUGGAUUACAUCACCGCGUUCAAGAAAUAUUCAUCAAGGAUAACCAUCAACAAUUGUCCAAAUCGCCUUGUUUGAACACUUACAACACCCAUGCGCGAUCCAGUAAAUAUCAUACGUUGACAGUAGACCAGACAAACUACUUGAAAACGCGGAUAUCCAGCUGGGAUUUCUCGCCUUUUGAUUUAGAUCACGCCGAUCUCAUUCACUGCGUUUGUCUAAUUUUCGAUCAAGUACUACGCUUCCCCGAAUUAUCCCAUCUCAAAAUGUCUCAAGCCCAGCUGUACGACUUUAUUGAUGAGCUUUCCAGCGUGUAUCAUGAUGCAAAUCCCUAUCAUAACUUUGCUCAUGCCGUCGACGUUUUACAGUGUUCCUACUUUUUCCUUUGCAAACUGGGACUGGUCUCGUUUGCCGAUCGCCACGUUGAAUUAGCCUCCGUCACGGGACAUAACAUGACGCGACCACAAGACCUGUUACGACCCAAAGACAUUUUCGCGCUUUUAAUUGCCGCCAUAGGUCAUGAUGCUGCCCAUCCAGGCGUCAAUAAUAUGUUUUUGAUUAAUUCGGCAACCCCGCUCGCCCUGUUGUACAAUGACCGGUCGGUCCUUGAAAGUUUUCAUUCCAUGACCUUGUUCCAGAUCAUUAAAAAACACGGCCUUGAUCAGUAUGCUGGAGGCACGGGCGCAGCCGAUUAUCAAGAAUUUCGUAAAACGGUCGUGACAACGAUUUUGGCAACAGACAUGUCAUUGCACAAUGAAUAUGUCACCAAAAUUAAAGAUCAAGCCGUUCGACUGAAAAAUUGCGAUUUCCAUUCUCUGGAGGAACCGGCCAAAAUGGAAGAACGCCUACUGAUCUGCAGCGCCAUUAUUAAAUGCGCUGAUAUCAGUAACGUGACACGACCGUUUACGCGUGCUGCUAAAUGGGCGGAAUUACUAUGUGAAGAGUUCGCUUGUCAAGGCGAUCUUGAACGCGAACUGGGUUUGCCCGUGUUACCGACCAAUGACCGGAACAAGGUCGUUCUGGAAGAUUCUCAGAUCGGCUUUAUUCGCUUUGUUGCCGUCAACCUCUUUGAAAGUGUGCGCGAAGUGAUGACCGAUAUGAAUUUCGCUCUCGAGUACAUGCAAAGUAACCUAAAACGAUGGGAAAACCGUAAAAAUGCCACUCAUGAUUCCGGCGUAUCCACCUUGGGCGAUAUCGAAUCUUCUACCAGUCGCACGGACGACAAACGGACCAGUACGAGCAGUCAAAGCGUAGAUUAUCAUUCUCACGCCGGCGUUGAUAAUCUACAACUACGAUUAUCCGUGGAUACCACUCGCAGUGAGAGUGUAUUCAAUCAACAAUUCCCAAGCAUGCCUGCUGUGGCCAUGACCAACUAUGGUGGUCAUUCGCUGCGGCCACACCAAUCCUCUUCUUCCACGCCUUACUUGAUUCAUGACACUUCGUCAACGCCACCGCCACCUCAAUGGACAACGCAUGAUGGGGCAGGUCCUGUAUAUUGUCAGUGCACAAUUCAAUGAUCCUUUUUCCUUGUCCUAUACCCUGUGCACCUCCUUCUGUAAUCAUGAUUUUCCUUCUUCUCCGUUUGUGCUCUUACUUGUUUCUUGCAUUCUUUCUACCCUUUCUUCAUCCUUGUUCGUUUGCAGUCACCGAUAUAUUUUCCGAGGUAGCUCCUUCUUCCACCUUUUUCUUUUCCUUUUUUUUUCUGUAAGAUUUAUUAUGGUUAUGAAACUUGUAUAGACCUUGAAUAGAUUGUAUUUUUCAGACAGUUAUUAUAUUUAUCAACGAUA